AUGGCCCAGACCAUGGACUUUAUCACUUUUAUGACAAACAAUCCUCAGGAUCCGAUUACGGUAGCCUUCAAUGCGCUCUGGAAAGAUCAGUCAGUUCCACUGGCGGAUCCCGUAACCAACUUCUUUGCUCAACAUCCGGCCUACGCGAGCUGCACGUUUGUUACCUACAUGAUGGGUAUCACAUAUGCCGCUGAGCAGCCUGUCAGUAAAUCCAUGCCCAUGGAUCAGGCUGUGUACUCUCUGAGCAGUCUCGUGACAUCAAUGGGUGGAACCUGGCCGUCCGGCUUACCGGAUAUUACGGUGACCAAGUUUACUUGCAGCACCAGCAAUGGUGUACUUGCUCUUCAAGCGAUGGUAGACAAAAGUCUAUUACCUGCCAAGUCAGAUGAAGCGUUGACAUUCUUCAUGUCAUUAUUCAACUCCAAACUGCUUCUUAUCAGCAUCAACAUCAAUUGUGCCCUUGACCAAGGCAUUGGCGGAACGCAGCUCACUAUCAGCCUUGAUACUAUGCAGGUACCCUGUGGAGACUUGGGAAACUUGACCAUAAAGGAUCCCAAUGUCACCAUUAGCAUCAACCCAAUGUUCAAAUUCGUCACCUUUGAGGUUGCUGGUACCGUUCCGUUCACUGUCUUUGAGAAGAAGUUCGACACCCAGGUCACCAUGACCAUCGACAAUCUCGAGGCCAGCUUCGGGGUACAGGUGGAAGGAAGCGAUAUGACUCUCCCUACACCUACCCUCAUGAAGGGUGUACAUUUUGAUUCGUUUGGGGUAGGCAUUGGAGUCUUCUUCGAGCCACCAGGUGCAGUGGUAGGCUUGUCUGGUCGAUUGCAUAUUGGCGACGCUGCCAGCGGGGCUCAAGUGGCACUUGACGAUGACUCCUUUGUUGUCGUGUGUCAGUUAGAAGAUGGAGCCCCGAACCCGCUCUACGUUUCUUUCUACGUACCUCAGAUGCAACUGACGGACAUGAUUACUAUCUUCACCAAUUCCCAAUGUCCUUUGGAGUUGCCGGUUUCAUUCAACGAUAUGUUUUUCCAAUGGUCCGAGAACCCCAUGGAACCUGUGGUACUACCUGAUGGAUCGCUCUCCCCGAUCGGUUACGGAUUCAAAUGUCGUGCAGACAUCCUUUUCUUGAGUUUCUAUGGCGACGUAGCAAUCGAUCCCACAAACGGAAUAAACGCCGAGAUUGAGAUGGCCCCUCUCUCAUUGGGCGACCUUUUCAAGUUUGGGGGUGAUGGCAAGGGCGUUACCGACAAGGUGAAUGCUGCCGGCAAUCCCAUCAACAACAACCAGUUGGCGACAACGGCUGCGAUGCAGCAGGCCAACAAAGACUCGACCGUUCAGCAGCUGGUGGCUGCGGGAGGUCCAGUGUUGAAGAUCCAGACAUCAGCCUCGCCUUACCUAUACCUCAACGCCAGCGUGAGCUUGUUGGAAAUAGUGAAUGAGCAACUCACUGCGCAGAUCACAUCGACAGCCGUUACGUUCGAUCUGGACUUUGGUGCUAUCUUGACCGAGCAGAUGACCUGUACAUUAACCAGGCUUGACAACUUGGCUGCCACAUUCUCGUACGGAAUUGACCAAAGUAUUUCGCUGCCCACAAUCGCCGAUGUCAGUCUGGGAACCAUUGACCUGGACGUUACAGUCAGCGCAAACUUGGGACUUGUUGGUUCAGGGUCUGGUGUCAUCAUAACACUCGGGGGCAGUUUUGACUUUGAAGGAGCAACCCUUACCAUCGGUAGUUUUGAAGUCGACUUUCCCAUCUCGACAUUGAGUGAUGUCUUAUCGUCCAUUCUCUCCCAAAUCGAGCAGGACGCUAAGAACAUAUUCAGCAGCAUUCUGAACACUGCAGCUCAGUGGGCCGGUAAGGUUGAGCAAGGCGUCAUCACAGCGGUUGAUUCAGUUGCCAAUGUCUUGCACAAUGCCUUUGACCAAACUGCUAGCGAAGUGGCUUCCACCAUGAAGGACGCAGGCUUCGGCGCUCAGGAGAUAGUUUCAGGUCUCAACGAUGUCUUCAACUUGGGCCCUAGCGAGAUCCAUGGCCUGAUGAGAUCGAUUGGCUUCAGUAACAAGGAGAUAGGUACAGUCUUUCAAAUUAUUGGUGGAUCAUUAUUUGGUGGAUUUGCAAACAGUCUUUUUGGUGGCGGCCACCAUGAUGAUAGCGUACCUGAUGAAAUCGUGAAAGGUAUUUUUGGCAGCGGUUUAUUUUAG